AUGGCAAUAAUUGUCUAUCGCUUUGGAAUUUGCUGCACUGGAAGACACUUUCCAUGUCGUCUGUCAGCGCAUUUUAGGGGCUUCGCUACCGGCUCAACAACAGUUUUAAAAUCUGAGAAACAGGGGCUUCGCAUCGGUAUACCAAAGGAAAUAUUUCCUGGUGAACAAAGAGUAGCUGUAACUCCACAUGUGAGCUUUGCAGUGAAAACCUUAACGGAUCGAGGCUUCAAUUUAGUUGUUCAGGCUGGUGCUGGGGCUGCUGCACAAUUCCGUGAUGCAGAUUAUGCCGCAGCUGGUGCAAAUCUAGUUCAAACUGGUUCGAAAGAUCUUUUUUCGCAAAGUGAUGUUGUUCUGAAAGUUCGCCCGCCUGUAAUCGGCACCGAAGUACAUUUAUUGCGACCGAACAGCACCCUCAUUAGCUUGGUCUACCCUGCUCAAAAUAAAGAGCUUGUGGAUAAACUUGCUAAACGUCAGAUUACAUUGCUUGCCCUUGAUUGCAUUCCACGGAUCAGUCGAGCUCAAGCUUUUGAUGUUCUCUCUAGCAUGGCCAAUAUCGCAGGAUACAAGGCCGUUAUUGAAGCAGCCUCAAACUACAGCAAUUUUUUUGCUGGUCAAAUCACUGCAGCCGGUCGGAUUCCACCUGCGAAAGUCCUUAUUGUCGGUGGAGGUGUUGCCGGUCUCUCAGCCGCGGCCACGGCACGCGGUCUUGGAGCUACUGUGCGCGCUUUUGACACUCGAGAAGCGGUUAGAGAACAGGUGGAAUCGUUUGGUGCUGAAUUUCUUACAGUCAAUGUGAAAGAGUCAGGUGAGGGUGGUGGUGGUUACGCCAAAGUGAUGUCCAAGGAAUUCAUCGACGCCGAAAUGGCCCUGUUUGCCAAGCAAGCGAAGGAAGUGGACAUCAUAAUUACCAGCGCUCUGAUUCCCGGUAAACCCGCACCGAAACUCAUUACGAAGGCCAUGGUUGAUUCGAUGCGUCCUGGAGCUGUGAUUGUCGAUCUGGCAGCCGAGGCUGGAGGUAAUGUGGAAACAACGCGUCCAGGCGAGGCCUACGUCUACGGACCCAAUCGAGUGGUCCACAUCGGCUACACCGACUUUCCGUCGCGUCUCGCCGGCCAGGCAUCGACGCUCUUCUCCAACAACUUGACCAACUUCCUCCUUUCAAUGACGCCUAAGGACAAAGAAUCAAGAGGUCUUCUGAACAUAAACUUGGACGACGAGGUGGUUCGGGGAAGCACCGUUUUGUACAAGGGUGAACUGAUGUGGCCCCCGCCACCACCACCGGCAGCCGCCGCCGCCGCGCCUCCCGUGGCAACGACCUCCAAGAAGGUCGCGGCGGAAACAGCGGCCGCAGUGGCCGCCGUGCCAGUCGAUCCGCGUGUCGCCAAACUCAAGUCAUCUCUCGCGACCAGCGUCGGUCUGUGCGGAUUGGUGGGUCUCGGUUUGUCAUCGCCCUCACCAGCCUUCACCCAGAUGCUCUCAACUUUCAGUUUGGCUGGAAUUGUCGGUUAUCACACGGUGUGGGGUGUCACACCGGCCCUGCAUUCACCUCUGAUGUCCGUUACCAACGCCAUUUCGGGGAUAACUGCUGUGGGAGGCCUCCUGCUCAUGGGCGGAUCCCUCCUACCCGCUACUGUCCCCCAAUCGAUGGCCGCCCUAGCAACCCUGGUCUCCGCUGUGAACAUUGGUGGCGGCUUCCUGGUGACCCAGCGAAUGCUGAACAUGUUUAAGCGACCCACCGACGCACCAGAGCACAACUACCUCUUUGGCAUCCCUGCGCUGGCCCUCCUAGGCACCUACGGCUACAGCGUCCUUCACUUCGCGCCGACCGUCGGCCUUGACGACGUCCAUCAGACGGCCUACCUUGCGUCCUCGCUCUGCUGCAUUGCUGCCAUCACCGCGCUGGCCAGUCAAAAAACCAGUCGACUUGGCAAUUUGUUGGGACUGACUGGUGUUUCGGGGGGUCUGGCGGUGACCCUGGGACUGCUCCAACCCCAACCGGAUGUGCUGGCUCAGAUGCUCGGUUGUCUGCUCAUUGGUGGAUCCGUGGGAGGGUACGCGGCCUCGCGCAUUGAAGUCACCAGUUUACCUCAAAUGGUGGCCCUCUUUCACAGCUUGGUUGGCGUCGCCGCAAUGCUGACAUGUGUGGCCAAUUACAUAAUCGAGGCUCCAGUCUUGUUCGCAGACUCAAGUCUCUAUGGCGCCGGUCAACUUAUGAAAACCGUGGCCUAUCUGGGCACGUGGAUCGGGGGUGUCACCUUCACCGGAUCUCUCGUAGCCUUCGGCAAACUCCAGGGUCUUUUGGACUCCAAGCCACUGCUGCUGCCGAUGCGCCAUGCCCUCAACACCACCCUCGUAGGUGUCUCCACUGCGGGCCUGGCAGCCUUCCUGAGUGCUGGUGGGGGCUUGGACAAUCCCCUUAUGCCCCUAGCGAUGCUCGUCGGUGGUGCCGCCGUCGCCGGGUCGGUUUCUGGGGUAACUCUCACCGCAGCCAUUGGAGGCGCCGACAUGCCGGUCGUCAUCACCGUGCUGAACAGCUACUCGGGCUGGGCGCUGUGCGCGGAGGGCUUCAUGUUGAACAACAGCCUGAUGACGGUGGUUGGAGCACUCAUCGGCUCCUCGGGUGCCAUUCUCUCCUACAUCAUGUGCCGCGCCAUGAACCGCUCUCUGCCGAACGUCAUUCUCGGGGGCUAUGGCACCUCCAGCUACGCGGGCGGUCAAAGCAUGGAAAUCACGGGCACUCACCGCGAGACCACAGUUGAGGCAGUUGGUGACCUGCUGAAAGACGCUAAAGACGUCAUCAUCGCGCCUGGGUACGGUUUGUGCGUGGCCAAGGCGCAAUACCCGAUCGCUGAGCUCGUGAAACUCCUCACCAAGCAGGGCAAACGCGUCCGUUUUGCAAUCCAUCCAGUCGCCGGUCGAAUGCCGGGCCAGCUGAAUGUUCUACUGGCCGAAGCGGGCGUCCCCUACGACAUUGUCUACGAGAUGGACGAAAUCAAUGCCGACUUUCCGAAGGCCGACGUCGUUCUGGUUAUCGGGGCCAACGACACCGUCAACUCGGCUGCCGAAGAGGACCCCAACUCCAUCCUCGCCGGUAUGCCCGUUCUCCGUGUGUGGCUGGCUAAGAAAGUGAUCAUGGUUAAGCGGACCCUCGGUGUUGGCUAUGCUGCCGUCGACAACCCAGUCUUCUUCAAGGAGAACACCGACAUGCUCCUGGGUGAUGCUAAGAAAGUGUGCGACGGUCUCUUGGCCCAAUUCAACAAGGAAUAG